AUGGGCCAUGAUAUGAGCCGCCAGUGUUUGAAACCAGGUCGUCCUGACGUGGUGGAGACUAAUCCAGACGAUGCCACCUACACAGUGAUCAGUGAGCUGACUCUAACGGUGGGUCGUAGCGACGACAACACCCUGAUCGCCUGUGCUGUUGACCACCCUUCUUUGACCCCGGGUGAGAAGUGGACCGAACAGCCCAUCAGAGUCCUGUUCACCCCAGACGUCACUAUCCAGCCUCAGAAUGAUCUGCCCAGAGAGGGAGAGAAGUUCAUUAUACAAUGCAUAGGCAAUGGAAACCCGAAGCCCACCUCGUACGUGUGGCAGAAGAAGGAUGGAGAACUCCCUCUGCUGGCCAAGGUGGACGGUAGUUUCCUGCUCUUUGAGAUGCUCAACAAAUCAGACAACGGGGUGUACCUCUGUCAGGCUGACAACGGAAUUGGGAAGAUGCAGGGAGAGUACACGCUGCUGGUGCAAGAUGGUCCAGACAACAUUGCAGACCCCACUGCCAUGUCGACCUCUUCAGGAGUGGACCAUGCUGUGAUUGGAGGAGUGGUUGCGGUCAUCGUCUUUAUCCUGCUCUGUCUGCUUAUCGUCCUGGGCAGAUACCUCAUCAGACACAAAGGGACAUAUCUUACCCACGAGGCCAAGGGCUGCGACGACGCUCCCGAUGCCGACACGGCUAUCAUCAACGCCGAGGGCGGCCAUUCCGGAGCUGAGGACAAGAAGGAGUACUUCAUCUAG